UGUUAUCGAGGAAACGCGUCAGGCCAGAGUCACAUCUUGGCAGUUAUAGGAAUAAUUUGUGCGCGUUGAGAAACGGUAACCUCUCUAAAACCUCGAUUUUUUUUUUUUCUAAUUCGGUUAUUUUAUUUUAAAUCUCACCAUCACCGGCCGGCCAAGCCGCUGGUCAAAAACGGUUUUUAUCUUUUUUACACUGAGCUAAAGGCCAAAGCGGCUGCCAUGGAUUUUUAAGGCAUAAUGCGGCACCUCUAAUGCAAUGGCAAUGCACAGUGCAAGGCAAAGCAAACAGCGAGAUUCCAUCUUCGCAACUGCCAAGCAGUUGGGCUCAAAUACCGUCCGCGGUAUACCUGCGAGCCAACCGGUACCUCUGCUCCUGGACCGACGGAAGCUAACGCUAGCUAGCUAGUCACCUUAAGUGGUAUAAAAAUCCAUCGGGUGAAAGUGAUCCAUCAAUUCAUUUGAACGUCGUCAAAACUACCGAUCAAAAAUGAAGCCUCAAGAUAUCAUCGCCGGUAAAACCAGCCUGUGGAUCUUCGGGUACGGGUCGCUGGUUUGGAAGCCUGACUUCAAGUACAAGAGGAGCAAGGUCGGUUACAUUCAAGGCUACAAGAGACGCUUCUGGCACGGAGACAACUUUCAUCGUGGGAACGAUAAGUUGCCCGGAAGAGUGGUGACGCUGAUUGAAGAUGAUGACGAGGCCACUUGGGGUGUGGCGUUUGAGGUGGCAGGCUCACAGGUGGAGGAGUCCCUGAAGUACCUCAAUGUGCGCGAGACAGUCUGUGGGGGCUACAUGACCAAAAUGGUGGAUUUCUUCACCGAGGAGGAGGACCAGCUUCCCGUACAGGCACUGGUUUACAUCGCCACCUCUGACAACCCCCUCUACCUGGGGCCAGCCAGCCCGGAGGAGAUCGGCGCCCAGAUCGCUUUGUGCAGAGGGAAGACGGGCCACAACCUGGAGUACCUGCUCCGGCUAGCUGAGUUCAUGAGGAGCAGUUGCCCACAUGUAGAGGACCAUCACCUGUUCUCCAUCGAGGCCGCAGCACUGACCAUGGUGUCUUACCUGUUAGCAGCACAGUAGCUCGUACCCUUUGUUUCACUAGCAUGUAAUGGGAGGAAUCCAGUACACAUGAGGCUUUGAUCUGUCAUGUUCUACCUGUUUACAUUCUGUAGCUUCACAUCACCAUCCAGUGUACUUGAAUACUAAAGUGGGGGUAGCUUGAUCUUAUGUCAUGUUGAAUACAAUCCCUAAAAUGUUCACUGUAAACAUUCAUAGUUUUUCUUCACUAAUGGGUUCGGUUUGAACGGUUUAGCUUCCGUCCGAUUCAGAACGUACUGCUGUCGCUCGCGGUUAAAUGCAUUUAUGAGCAGAAGAAUAAAUCUGACUCUGAAAUGUUGCUUGUGACAAUUGAGUGUCAAGUUGAAUAAAUGCCAGUUAAAAGGUGGAAAGCA